CCAGUUUUCCCUCCCUUCCUCUCUCUCUUCCUUCAUGUGGAGGGUUCAUAUCAUUCUCCUCUGAAACCCAUUAUUCCCAAAUCAAAUCUUCAAAAGCAGGAAAAGAGAUGCCAAUAGAAAUGCCCAAAGGGCUACCAUUCUCAGUGGACACAUGGAGUCUGUGUUCAAAGAGAAAGAGACACCAUUUCUUAACCCAUGCCCACAAAGACCACUCCUCUGGUAUCUGCACCCACUUCUCUUUCCCUAUCUACUCUACCCUUCUCACCAAGACCCUUCUUUUCCAACACUACCCACAGCUUGAUGAGGCGUUGUUUGUGGGUAUUGAGGUGGGGCAAACGGUGGUGGUCGAUGAUCCUGAUGGGGCUUUCACCGUCACCGCAUUCGACGCAAAUCACUGUCCUGGAGCUGUAAUGUUCUUGUUUGAAGGCAAUUUUGGUAACAUCCUGCAUACGGGAGAUUGCAGACUCACACCUGAGUGUCUCUUAAGUUUACCGGAGAAGUAUGUUGGCAAGAAAGGAAAAGAGCCAAGGUGUCGACUUGAUUAUGUUUUCCUAGACUGCACAUUUGGGAGAUUUCAUCAAAAACUUCCCAGCAAAUAUUCAGCAAUCAGGCAGGUUAUUAAUUGUAUAUGGAAGCAUCCAGAUGCCUCCGUGGUAUAUCUGGCCUGUGAUCUUCUUGGUCAGGAAGAAAUAUUAGCAGAUGUGUCCCAAACGUUUGGGUCUAAGAUAUAUGUUGAUAAGGCCACUAAGCCAGAAUGUUUCCAAGCUCUUACACUUACAUUUCCUGCAAUUAUCUCGGAAGAUCCCUCUUCCCGCUUUCAGGUGUUAGAUGGGUUUCCUAAACUGUAUGAAAGAGCAAAAGCAAAGCUUGUUGAGGCCCGAGCUAACUUCCAGCCUGAGCCUCUUAUAAUACGCCCAUCAGCACAGUGGUAUGCAUGUGAAGAAGAGUACUCAGAGAAUGAAAGUCAAAGGAAAAUGAGAUUCAAUGAAGCAGUAAAGGACCAGUUUGGUGUUUGGCAUGUUUGUUACUCUAUUCACUCGUCGAGGGAAGAGUUAGAAUGGGCCCUUCAACUUCUAUCACCUAAGUGGAUUGUUUCAACAACCCCCAAUUGCAGGGCUAUGGAGCUGGAUUAUGUUAAGAAACACUGCUUUGGCACUCGAUUCGCUUCAAACGACCCUAUCUGGAAGCUUCUUGACAUUGCCGAAGCUUCUCCAGGUGUAGAUGUACCGGCCAAAGUUGUUAGUAGUUCUCUAGGUGAAGGGCACACCGAAACUUAUGUGGAACCUCAAUUUGAGCCAGUAAAAGUAUCUACUGGCAUGAAAGGACUUAUAAAAUUAUCCCCUCCAAGUAAGAGUGUGACAUUAUUUGGAAGAGCGAGACUUGGUCUUCAAGAUUUUAGUUUUUCACAUGAAGAGCCGAGAGUUGUAUCAAUCAACAAUGACCCUCCACAAGUAGCUGCCAACAAAGCAAAAGAAUUCUCAUUGGAAGAGGAUGCUGAAGUGAAAUGCCAGAAAUCUGAAAUUAAGACAGAUAUGGAUGGUACUGUAGUACAAUGUCAGAAGGCAGUGGAUACAGAGACACAAGUUUGUAAGAAUUCUUCUUCGUUAACAAUUGGAUCUUCAAAGAGCUUUAAUGAAAGAUUUAGAAAGAUGUACAGGUCAAUGAAUGUUCCUGUGCCUCAGCCUCUUCCGUCGUUGGUGGAACUUAUGAAAGCCAACAAGCGUGCAAAGAGGAAGUUUGAGUUUUAGUCUCUUCUCUUUUUCCUGCAAUCAACUGUGCUUCACUUUGUCAAAACAGGCAGGAAGAGAAUAAAUACUGAGAUGGAGCCUGGGAUUGGUUUGUUUCUCUUUUUAUUGAGUUACCACCCAUUUACUACAACCCUGCUAGGAGGAAUUAUACAUACAACAGAAAAAAUUGGUGCUUUUUUUUUUUUGUUUUUUUUUUUUAGAUUGCAAAAAUUGCUUAGCAAUACGACAAACAUCAUUGUAAUUUACUCCCGUUUGUGGGGUGAGAAUAUUUGUGUAGUAGUGAUUUAUCUCUCGAUGAAUA